AUGUUCCUCAGACCCUGGCCUUUUUCUCGCCUUCUUUCCUGGUUUGCCAUAUCCAGCAGACUGUCAGGACAGCAUGGCCUCGCUUCUUUCAAGUUCCUGAGGUGCUUGUGCCUCCUAGCCCUAUUGCCUCUCAUAUGGUGGGCGCAAGCACUCCCCUACAAGAUAGGGGUUGUAGGCCCCUGGACAUGUGAUCCAUUCUUCUCAAAGGCCCUGCCUGAGGUUGCUGCUGCUUUAGCAAUCGAACGAAUUAGCUGGGACGUGUCGUUUGACAGGAGUUACUCCUUUGAAUAUGUGAUUCUUAAUGAAGACUGCCAGACUUCAAAGGCCCUCUCCAGUUUCAUUUCCCACCAGCAGAUGGCCUCAGGAUUUGUUGGACCUGCCAACCCUGGCUACUGCGAGGCAGCCUCACUCCUGGGAAACAGCUGGGACAAGGGGAUUUUCUCUUGGGCUUGUGUGAAUCAUGAAUUAGAUAACAACCGUAGCUACCCGACCUUUUCUCGGACACUCCCUUCUCCUAUCCGGGUGCUUGUAACUGUAAUGAAGUAUUUCCAGUGGGCUCAUGCUGGGGUCAUUUCCUCAGAUGAAGACAUUUGGCUGCAUACAGCCAGUCGAGUUUCAAGUGCUCUUCAGAGCCACGGCCUGCCUGUCGGGGUCGUCCUGACCACAGGACAAGACAGCCAAAGCAUUCAGAAAGCUCUCCAGCAGAUUCGCCAGGCAGACAGAAUUCGCAUAAUCAUCAUGUGUAUGCAUUCAGCCUUGAUUGGGGGAGAGACUCAGAUACACUUCUUGGAAUUGGCUCAUGAUCUGAAAAUGACAGAUGGGACUUAUGUCUUUGUCCCUUAUGAUGUGCUGCUCUACAGUUUACCUUAUAAGCACACCCCCUACCAGGUCCUGAAGAACAAUCAAAAGCUCCGGGAAGCCUAUGAUGCUGUGUUGACUAUUACAGUGGAGUCCCAUGAAAAGACCUUCUAUGAAGCCUACACAGAAGCAGCAGCCAGUGGAGAAAUACCUAAGACGCUUGACUCACACCAAGUUUCACCGUUGUUUGGAACCAUCUACAAUUCAAUUUACCUUAUCGCACAAGCCAUGAAUAAUGCUAUGAAAGAAAAUGGAUGGGCUAGUGCUGCUAGCCUCGUUCGGCAUUCCAGAAACAUGCAGUUCUAUGGAUUCAACCAGGUGAUAAGGACAGAUUCAAAUGGAAAUGGAAUUUCUGAAUAUGUAAUCUUGGACACCAAUGGGAAAGAAUGGGAACUCCGUGGCACCUACACUGUGGACAUGGAAACUGAAUUACUACGGUUCAGAGGGAUCCCUAUUCACUUUCCUGGUGGCAGACGCACUAGCGCAGAUGCAAAAUGCUGGUUUGCAGAAGGGAAGAUAUGCCAAGGAGGUAUCGACCCUUCCUUAGUCAUGAUGGUCUUCUUUGCUUUGCUUAUAGCCUUGCUGUCUAUCAAUGGAUUUGCUUAUUUUAUAAGGCGACGUAUAAAUAAAAUACAGUUGAUUAAAGGGCCCAACAGAAUUCUACUGACUUUGGAAGAUGUGACAUUUGUUAAUCCCCACUUUGGCAGUAAGAGAGGCAGCUAUGCCAGUGUAAGCUUCCAGAUCAUCUCAGAAGUUCAAAGUGGGAGGUCCCCAAGGCUGUCGUUUUCUUCAGGCUGUCUAACUCCAGCUACUUAUGAAAAUUCCAACAUAGCAAUAUAUGAGGGUGACUGGGUGUGGCUGAAAAAGUUCCCAUCUGGAGAUUUUGGAGACAUUAAGUCCAUCAAAUCGAUUGCCAGUGAUGUGUUUGAAAUGAUGAAAGACCUGCGGCAUGAGAAUGUCAACCCUUUGUUGGGCUUCUUCUUUGAUUCAGGGAUGUUUGCCAUUGUGUCAGAAUUUUGUUCGCGAAGGAGCCUAGAAGACAUACUGACAAAUGAUGAUAUAAAACUCGAUUGGAUGUUCAAAUCAUCACUGCUGCUGGACCUCAUUAAGGGAAUGAAAUAUUUACACCACAGAAAAUUUAUUCAUGGGAGGCUGAAGUCUCGGAACUGUGUGGUAGAUGGGCGUUUUGUGCUAAAAGUGACAGAUUAUGGCUUUAAUGACAUUUUAAAAAUGCUGAGACUCUCUGAAGAUGAACCUUCUGAAGAAGAGCUGCUGUGGACGGCCCCUGAACUGUUAAGAGCCCCUGGGGGCAUCAGGUUAGGUUCAUUUGCAGGAGAUGUCUAUAGCUUUGCCAUCAUAAUGCAAGAAGUAAUUGUCCGGGGUGCUCCUUUCUGCAUGAUGGAUUUGCCUGCCAAAGAAAUCAUAGACAGACUUAGAAAGCCUCCCCCUGUAUACAGACCAGUGGUUGCACCUGAGUAUGCCCCUGCAGAAUGCCUCCAGAUGAUGAAGCACUGCUGGGCUGAGGCUGCAGAACAACGACCAACUUUUGAUGAAAUAUUUAACCAGUUUAAAACUUUCAACAAAGGGAAAAAGACUAAUAUUAUUGAUUCUAUGCUUCGGAUGUUGGAGCAGUAUUCUAGCAAUUUGGAAGAUUUGAUCCGGGAACGGACGGAAGAACUGGAAAUUGAAAAACAGAAAACGGAAAAGCUUCUAACACAGAUGCUACCACCAUCAGUUGCUGAAUCCCUCAAAAAGGGCUGCACAGUUGAACCUGAAGGAUUUGACUUGGUUACCUUGUACUUCAGUGACAUUGUGGGGUUCACCACUAUCUCAGCCAUGAGUGAACCCAUUGAAGUGGUGGAUCUUCUGAAUGACCUCUAUACACUCUUUGAUGCCAUCAUUGGUAGUCAUGAUGUCUAUAAGGUAGAGACCAUUGGAGAUGCCUACAUGGUGGCCUCAGGUCUCCCAAAGAGGAAUGGCAGUAGGCAUGCUGCUGAGAUUGCCAACAUGUCCCUAGAUAUCCUGAGCUCUGUGGGAACCUUUAAGAUGCGACACAUGCCAGAGGUGCCAGUCCGAAUUCGGAUAGGCCUACACUCAGGGCCUGUUGUUGCUGGAGUGGUGGGCCUCACCAUGCCCAGAUACUGCUUGUUUGGAGACACUGUGAACACAGCUUCUCGAAUGGAAUCAACAGGGCUACCAUACCGAAUUCAUGUCAAUCUCAGCACAGUAACAAUUCUCAGAACUCUGAGUGAAGGCUAUGAAGUAGAGCUUCGUGGAAGAACAGAGCUCAAGGGCAAAGGCACAGAGGAGACUUUCUGGCUUAUUGGAAAGAAAGGUUUCACCAAACCUCUUCCUGUACCCCCACCAGUGGGCAAAGAUGGGCAAGUCGGCCAUGGCUUGCAACCAGCAGAGAUUGCAGCAUUCCAAAGAAGAAAAACAGAAAGGAAGGCAGCUGGUGCAAAUUAA